AUGCAUCGGUCUUCAGCUGAAUCUACAAAAGACGAUGUUCAUGCGGAACGGAUGAGUCUCGGAUGCCCCAUUCACGCUCAACGGAACCGACAUAUCCGAAUGCACCAGCUACGUUUAUCUGGGUCGGGAACUGAACAUGAUGAACGACAAAUUAGAGACGCCGCCGCGUUUGCCACGGAAAGUAAAAUAAGGUGGGUCGGACACGUGAUGCGCUUUAAUGACAACUGUUGGACCAGAACCGUGAGCGACUGGGUUCCCCGCGAUAUUAAGCGCACUACAGGAAGACCGCCGACCCGAUGGUCAGAUUUCUUCACGAAGUCCAUCAAAGAAAAAUAUGAUGCUCUUCGUGUCCCACGCGAAAGGAGGAACCACUGGGCUACUCUGGCACACGAUCUGGACAAAAGGAAGAAUUACUGGCGCCCGCUCGACCACUUCGAAGAUCAACAGGAGUCAAGGUGA